AUGGGUUGUCCGCAUUGCAUGGAACACACUAAGGCUUUUACGUUGGAUAAAGGGAAAAAGAGCUCGUGGUUUGACUGUCACCGCCGAUUUCUACCAAGAAAUCAUACCUAUAGAAAAAACAAGACGGAUUUCAAAAAAGACGAAGUGGUAAGAGAUCAUCCUCCACCUCGAUUGUCACCAGGUGCUGUAUGGGAACAAGUUUGUGAUUUUCCAAAAUUCACAGAUAUUGGUAAAAUGCGACCCCAAUCUGAGAAGACUAAAGGUAAACGUCCGAGGGUAGUGGUAUGCGGGGCACUUCAGACGCCAGUAUCUUCCCGCCCACAGACUCAGCCAGACCGCAUGUCUUUGGCCAGCACUCAGCCUCUUAUGCCAUUACUCUCCUCUCCAUCUUUUAUUAGCCCACCUAGUUAUUCAUUUCAGCAUACUGGGGGACCUAGCUAUCCAUUCCAGCAGACUGGGGGACCUAGCUUUCCAUUCCAGCAGACUGGGAGACCUAGCUUUCCAUUCCAGCAGACUGGGGGAGCUAGCUUUCCAUUCCAGCAGACUGGGGGACCUAGUUAUUCGUACCAGCAGAGUGCUGGACCUAGCUUUCCACCACAGGUCCCCCCAGGUUUCCAGCAGACAGGGGGAUCUCGCACCACACAUCCGACACAGGUGCCCCCAUCCUUCCAGCAGACAGGGGGAUCACGUACCUCACCUAUACCUCCAGGCGGGGAUGAUCAUGUGGAGGUAGAUCAGGAUGAUAUUGAGCAGGAUGAGGAUGAUGUUUUGUUGGAUGGCGAUAAUCUUCAGGGGGACGAUAAUCCGGAUGAGAUUCAAAUCGUCGAUGGCAGAUAUUAUAUUACGCCUGUUGGACAUAAUUUUACUCCGAGUCGGACAGCUGCAAAGUGUGUGAGCUAUGUGAUUCAGCAAAUGUAUAAAGAUGCUUGGACGAGAUUUGGAGAAGUUCCAAAUAAGGAUGAUUGGUUUCAAAAAUUUAAGGAAAAGUGCACAUGGGAUGUUUUGAGCGAGAAGGCUGUUAAGAAAGUCUUUUUUACUAGGGCAUCAAAAAGACUUUCUGACACCUUACGACGUGUUAGAAAGCGUUGGGAACGUGAUAGUAGUUAUCCCGCUUGGGUGGGCAAAGACACUCUUGAUAAACUUCUGGUCUAUUGGGAUUCACCUCAAUUUAAAGCUAAAUCUGAAAGUGGCAAAAAAAUGAGGGCAUCUGAAAAAGGUGGGCACGUUAAUGCUGGUGGAAGUAUAAGCACCUACGAACAUAUGCGACGCAUGGAAAAGAGGUUGGGGAGAAAACCACUCAUGGUUGAGUUAGUUAAGGAGACUCGGACGAAAAAGUCGGGAGAGUAUGUUGAUGAGCGUACACGGCAAGCUUUGGAGGAUUAUCAAGAAAGGCUUGUACAAUUUUUGGUCACUAAUCCGAAAUUUACUCCUAGCGAAGGACAACCGCUUCAUCCAGAUGUUGAUUUUUAUAUUUGGAAUGAAGUCAUUGGCGGAAAAGGUCGUAAUGGAUGUUUUUUUGGUGGUGGAAGUAUGGCGGGAUGCUUGAGAAGUGGUGAUAGAAAUUUAUUUGAAAGAGUAAGAGAUGGGGAAGGAACGUCACGCCCAGCACAAUUGUCCCCACAAAUGAUGGAAAUAAUAAGACAAUUGGCGAUAAGUGAGGCGAGACGCGAGUCAGAGCAACGUGAGAUGGCGUUAAAAGCCCAAUUAGAGGAGCAACAACGGCAAAUAGAGGCAAUGACGAAGAGGCAAGCGGAGAUGGAGGGGCAACAAAGCCUAAUAGAGAGAAUGGCCAAGAGGCAAGCGGAGAUGGAGGAGCAAAUGCGGCUAUUUAUGCAAUUCCAGGGAAGCGGUAAUCAAAUGUUUGGUGGAAACGUUGGAGUUGGUGGUGCCUCGACAAAUCAACAAGAUAAUGAUGAAGAUUUAAACCUUGAUGAUUUUCCCGAUCCAGGAGAUACUUAA